AUGGCGAAAUUUUUACCAGGCUUUCCUCGGGCGUCAGGAACGCCUGACCAAAAGGAGACGUUUGAGAGCAUGAAGUCUGCGAAUGUUCCCCUAUCCUCGUGUGAAAAAGAAUUUCUCCUUCAAGGAAUAAGAUCAAGAAAGGUAAGAACAGAGAUUAUUACCUGACGUGCUUGACUUAAUGAUGGUUUGGUUGUCUCAAAGUUUCAACGUCAUCAUUUUGUGCUUUGAAUAGCGUUUAGAUGGACGAGAAACAUACGACUACAGAAAAAUCCGAAUUUCUUUUGGUGUGGACCGCGGGCACUGUGAGGUGCAACUGGGACGAACAAGGUACAAUACAAUCAAUUAAUGUAUGUAGUUCACUGAAAUUUAUAGGGUCUUGUUUUAUAAUAUGAGCUAGGUUUUCCUGCAGUUGGCGCAAAGCACAACGUAAUGUUGAUCAAAUGGCAGGGAGUCCAAUUCCAACCAAUUGGUCGUCAAUUUGAAGUCCCAGUGUGCAAAGAAGUCAGUCUGUUUCUUUAAUUAAAUAUUAUUUUGCAUUAUGUAGAGUCCUAGGACAAGUAUCAUGCGAGGUUACUCAGCCAAAGCCUAACAGACCCACUGAAGGACAGCUGUUUAUUAAUUUAGAACUUUCACCCAUGGCAUCACCAGCAUUUGAAGCGGGAAGGUUGGUUCUAAUAUUACUGUAAUUACAAUAAGAUGCCAAUUAGAUUACUGAACUCUGAUCUGAGACAUUACUAGCAAUUUGAUUUUAACUUUCCCAAUCCAUUCAUCAUUAAAUAGUUGAACUCCCUUUUGAUCUAACUAUAAAUUGGUAAAUUGUGAAAUCACUAAAAAUUAUGACAUGUGAACUGCAGAGUUAACUUACCCUUACACCCAUAAAAAAGAAAUAAUUUUAUUGCAGAAAGACAGCCACUGCGUAGCCACAUAGGUCAACAGCUCCAAUAAAUUUCAGGCAAGAUGACUUGUGGGCAACUUCAUUUGACAUUAAUAAAAUUUAUUAUUAAAAUGGCAAAUAGCUUAAUUAACAAAGAAUUAUUGUAUCAAAUGCAGUGGUCCCAAAUGUACAUUAAAAUACGAUAAUGUUGAUAUUCCUGUAAUUAAUUAAGACAUGCUGUUGUACAUGUAAAUAAUCCUGUGUUCCUUUUAUCUUUCAGAACAACAGAAUUUAAUGUCGAACUGAACAGAUUUAUGGAGAGAUUUUAUGUUGAAUCACGAGCUGUAGAUGUAGAGUCUUUAUGUAUUGUUGCUGGUGAAAAGGUUUGUUAAAGACGUCAUUUAAUAUUGUGCUUUUUAACCCUUUAUUCAAAAAUUUUAUCCUUAAAAAUAUGUUGGUUUUUUUUUGCCUUAGGUCUGGUCAGUAAAGGUUGAUUUACAUGUAUUGGACAAUGAUGGAAAUAUCACAGACUGUGCAAGUAUUGCUGCAAUCACAGCACUGGCUCACUUUAGGUUGGUUAAUAUUCUUGAUGUUUGCAUUUGUUUGCAUAAGGGGUAAAAUCAAGUGUGUACUGUGUUUACUUGAAUAAGCAGACUUGCCACAAGUCAACGAGUGCAAGGGGGGUGCUUGCAAAGGAAGCAAAACCGAGCAAUGAAGUCAUGAGACAAGACUGAUGUAAGUUGCAAGUCGACUUGUUCCGUCUGCAGAAGAUUAAAUUUAAAUUGCAUAAUGUUGGCACAAAAAUAAUGGUUCAAGAAAUAAGCAGUUCUCAUAUGACUCUGAACUCUGAGAUAGAUGAGGAUGACCUGACCUCUAAGAAAACCUUUUCCCAGGUCAGUCUUUCUUGUGUCAUGAUUUUUACUUAAAGUUACUGUGGUUUGGUCUUAAUUUACAGAAAGAGGAGAAGUUUGGCAGAAAAUUUUUUCGAACAAAAUUUUUUGUCACCCUUGUCACUCAAGGUUUGCUGUAUUCUUUUCUCUGCCAUUCUUUUGCAUACAACAAAUUCACUAUCAUAUUAUCAUUUGGUAGACAUCAAUAUUAUUUUAGUCACUAUAAUUCAACAGCAAAAAUAGAGCAGCUCUUUCUUCUUGGUCAAUCAAUAUAGAGUGUUUGCAACCAACUGUAUGCAAACAAACAGCAAGUGAUAUCAGGUUCCAAAUAAAUGCCAUGUCUGAAAUGGAGAUUUCUAAUUAAUGUGAUACACCUUGUGAGGGUGCGAAGCAUUAAUAUGCCCCUUAAAAAAUUUAUUUUAAAAAAAGUGUUGAGAAUGAUUAUGCUCAAUGCUCAAGCUUGACUUUGCUUUUUUGAAGGCGACCAGAUGUUUCUGUCAUUGGUGAAGAAGUGACCAUUGUAAGUGUUUAUUUAGAGAAAGAAAACUGAGCAAUUAAAAUAAUAUUAUAAAACUCACAUUUAACUACAGUAGUGUAAGAAAGAAACUGAUUUUCUGUCCACAAGGUAUGAAACUGGGUAAACAUAUUACGUAGCAUGUCCAGCCCUGUGUCUUGAUAAGUUGUUUAUGUACAAAUUAGUACAAUAAUUCUUCUAUCAGUCAGAUUUUUUAAUCUUGAAAAAACUUAGCCUUCUUUUACAAGUAAGUUUACCCAUUGUGGUAAUAUCUGAGCUUUUUAGAGUCUUCAUAUCAUGGUGUUAACAGUGGUGACCAUGUACAUGUUGUGGUUUAAUUUUAUCCUUGGUUUAAAUUUUAUUUUCUCUUGUUUCAAACCAUUAUCAUUUCAUUAUCAUACAUUAUCAUAGACAAAAACAAAACAAAAUACAAUUUAUUUAACCACAACAUAUGAAACAUCAUGGCUUAAUUCACCAAAUGCAAUCAGAUCAAUAUAAACCAGUGUCAUCAACUGAGUUUGCCAAUGUAUUACUCACUUUGACAGUGAACUAAAGAUGACUAUCGCACAGAUUGUCAAAGUAGCUGCAGUCACUUGCAAUGACAGUGACCUAUUUAGGACUACACUCACUCAGAAGAUCAUAUUCCUGCACCUAAGUCAUAACAUUGCCUUCUCAGCUGUUCCAUAAACCAUGUACUAUACAUCUAUUCUUCAUGGUAACUGUGGUUGCAAAAAAUUAAUAAUGACAACUCCAAUAACUGUUACAGAGCUCCUUUCUCAAUUUUUAAAUUUUUAUGAUAAUCAUGUCUUUUCCUUCAUUUUUAUUUUGAACAACAACAAGCAUUAAAUAGUUCUUUAUUCUGGUACCACUGCAGCACUCACCAGAAGAUCGUGACCCAGUCCCAUUGAGUGUUCUUCACAUGCCUGUUUGUAUAUCCUUUGGCUUUUUUGAUGAAGGGUGAGGUCAAUAUUCCUUAUUUACUCAGUACUGUUUACAUGCACUUCAAAUAAUAAUUUGUUUAAAAAAAUGUUUCCAAAGUUAAGUGACCAUUUGGUAAUUUUGAGAAAAUCAGCUUUUUCUUCUUUGGUUCCUUUUAUCCUUUGUUUUCACCUGAAAAUUCAUAAGCUGGCUAAGAACUAAAGUAAAGCCUUCUUGCUUUAUAGUUAAUAAGAAGGUUUUUCCAGUGAAAAAUCAAACACUUUAAGAAUAUUAAGGAAUGACUCACCUUGGGCAAAAUGUUGGCUUAGGGGAGGAGUAGGUGGGCAGUUACCCAGAAACAUAUAAAUACAUGAUCCACUGGUUUAAUAUGAAACAAAACUACUGGCGUGGGAAGAAAAACAACCGUGCUAACGUGGUGUCACUUUAUUGCAAAAACAAUGAAUAGACUUUUUGAGCUUACCUAAUUCAAUCAUCAUUUGGAGGCAGCUUGAUUAACGUGCAUUGAUUCAGGUCAUCACACAGCAAUAACCAAAAAAUAGUUAUUGCCAAUCUACAAUGCCACUCCAAUAUUAGAAAUGAAAGGGCAGGAGAAGUCUUAUUUUUCUUCUGAUUUGUUUAAAGUCUAAUGAAGAAAGGCUAAACAGAACUGGGAGGUGUUUGAGGAAGAAAUGAGUGUAAGCAUGCUCCACAGUGAGAAAUGGCAAUCAUAUCCCACUUGAAAAAUAAUUAACCAGACAACCAGCAACUCCUUUAUUGGUUUAACCUAAAGCAUGUCAAGAAGGAGACUACAAGACAGCCCAUACUUUUGCUUAAGUUAUAACAACACGGUCAAAGGAAAGGUUUCGCGUGAUGGUGAAAAUCUAUGGCUGUGUGAGAAUCUACACACUCAGAAUCUUUGCCCCUUGCAAAACCGAUUUUGAGAAAAAAAAACUGACUGUUUUGCAGUCUAGUCAAGAAGUCGUGACUCACCCACUGUUGGCUUAAAUUUAUUUUGCUUUUAUGAAAGUAAAACUUGCAAUUGUGACUGAUCUAUUUGCAAUCCUGCCACAGUCUUAAUUCCAUUAUUGGUCUCAGUAAAAAAAAAAAUGUCUAAAUCCCAGGAAUAUUUUCUUUUAUUUCCAAAAAAUUUAGCCAGCUGUUACUUGUAGAUCCAACAGAAAAAGAAGAAGCAGUCAUGAAUGGAAGGAUGAUUAUGGCAAUGAACAUCCAUCGUGAGAUCUGUGGUGCAGUGAUGGGUGGUGGAGUAUCAUUGGAGGCAGAUCAGGUACAAAUAACAAGUGAUUUGAUGAUAAGGAUUAAAUAAUAAUAUUUUAUAUUAUUUUUUAUUAUGUUAAUAAUAAUUAAUAUUAAUUAACUGAAAAAUUUAUCAAAGACUGAAAAAAAUCUGCAAACUGCCAGUGAUUGAUUUUUUAUAUGUCAGUAGCACCAUGGAUGGCAGAGGUCAUUUUAUCUAAGAUUACUUUCAUUUAAUGAUUUGAUUUGCCAGCUUUGAAGUUAAAUAUGCCUUGAAAGGAGUGCUUCUCUUACUUUGCACUCUGCUCUAACAUUAAUUAAAUGUCCCUUGUAUUAAGGGGUGCCUGUGGAAAGNUUAGCCAGCUGUUACUUGUAGAUCCAACAGAAAAAGAAGAAGCAGUCAUGAAUGGAAGGAUGAUUAUGGCAAUGAACAUCCAUCGUGAGAUCUGUGGUGCAGUGAUGGGUGGUGGAGUAUCAUUGGAGGCAGAUCAGGUACAAAUAACAAGUGAUUUGAUGAUAAGGAUUAAAUAAUAAUAUUUUAUAUUAUUUUUUAUUAUGUUAAUAAUAAUUAAUAUUAAUUAACUGAAAAAUUUAUCAAAGACUGAAAAAAAUCUGCAAACUGCCAGUGAUUGAUUUUUUAUAUGUCAGUAGCACCAUGGAUGGCAGAGGUCAUUUUAUCUAAGAUUACUUUCAUUUAAUGAUUUGAUUUGCCAGCUUUGAAGUUAAAUAUGCCUUGAAAGGAGUGCUUCUCUUACUUUGCACUCUGCUCUAACAUUAAUUAAAUGUCCCUUGUAUUAAGGGGUGCCUGUGGAAAGGUAGAGGUGGCUGUGUUUCAGGCCAAUAAUUAGACUGCUUUUCCAUGCAGAUCCUCAGAUGUUCCAAGAUCGCAUCUGUCAAGGUUGCUGAAAUUGUUGCUCUCAUACAAGAAGCAUUAGCUGAGGACUCCAGACAAAGGUACAAUUUAUAAUACGUUUUAAAAAGCCUUCUCUCAGGGAAACAGGAUUGACGUCACCAAUACUGCGGAGCCAGGUCACAAACUUUUACUGGAAAAUUCAGUAAUCAAUGUUAAUAAAGUGCUUUGAUAAGGAGAUCUUGAACUGAACAAUGGCUUAUUGACAUUAACAAAAAGUUUUCUUUUUUGGAAAAAAAGAGCUGCUGGCAAGACAGGACUAGUAGAAUCUGAUACAAGACCAUCAAUAAUCACUGUCACGUCAGCUGAUGAGUCAGAUGUCGACAUCACAGAGGCAGUAGAAAAAACAGCAGGUACUAAUGAUAAUGCUUAAGAAAAUUAAUUAUUUUUGUAUUAGAAAUACUGUUUUAAAGGGAUUGCUACUAUACUGAUAUGCAAGUGUUUUAGUAUCCAAGUCCUCAGCAUUAAUAGAUAGGUCUUUACUAGGUUCACAAUGUAAAGAGAAACUUACUGCAUGCCUCCAUGAAUCCCACUGAUGAGCAGUGGAUCAGGCACCUGUCUCUGAAUCCCAGUAGCUGGAGAAGUCACCCUCACUUUGCAACACCACUGCUCAUUUCUUCACAAAGUGUCAUCUGAGCAAUGAGCACAGAAAUUUCAUACUGAUGUCAUCAUAGCAGCAUCUCUGAAGUGGAGGUAACUGCUGGUUUCGGUCUGAUAUGGGAUGCAAUCCUUUCUAAAUAUUAUUUUAAUCCAGCAGUUACAUUCGCAUUUUUAUUUGACUGAUAGAAGAACCUCACUGUGGAGAUACACUGUACAUGUCUCCUAGCUGUAUUAAGUAGCAUACCAUGGUGAAUCUUGGAGAGGACCCCUUAGGAACUGUGACCCCACCCCCAAUCUGUUAUUUUGAACUGCAAUACUUUGUUUCCAUCAGAGAAGAGGUCACCCUCUAACCUCUAGGUCUUGAUCCACCAUUGGCAUAUUAGCCAGUUCUUUUUUUUAACAAAAGUGCCACUAAGAGAUACAUUAAUUACAGCGGUCACCAUCAUGAAAGUAACCUCUCCCUUGGAAUCAUUUUAGACUCGCUCCAACUCUCUGUCAGUUUGUCAAUUGAUGAAUGUCCAAAUCCUUCACACUGCAAACUAUGCCUGCUUCUUUGUAACAUUUAUAAAAUAAGUUCAUUUGCUAAGCCCAUGCACAGCCACGGUCUCUUCCCUCAACAAAACUGGGGAGAGAUUUUGUUGGUGGGGAGGGGGCACCUGUACACAGGCUAAAUUUGCUUUGAUAUCACACAUUUAAUACUUAGUGCAAAUAAUAACUCUUUAUUGUAGACUUUCCAAAUGACCCAUCACCAUCUGUGACAGCUGAAGAAAUGUAUCCUUUGUGUCUUCUUUUAGUUCAAUAUCAUGGUUCAGUUGCGAAUUUCCCUUGUAAGUAUUCAUGUAUACUGAAAUUAGCCGUUCACAUCCUUAACAAAAUUCUUCUCUUAGCCCUUGGAAUGCAGAGCUUAAGGUACGUGCAGAUCAUUCGUGGCACUUACGUAAAUCACUCCACUGCAUGUGUAAUUUGGCGGGAUGUUGAGGGUGUGUGGAAGGUUCCUACCCACAAAAAAAGUUUUCCACUGUUGACAUUAUUAUGUUGAUUGUGCAACAGAAGAUAAAGUACAUUGUAGAAUUGGCCUGUAUGGAAGGUGUUUUUAGUGAAAGGUAAAGAGGAAAGUAAGGCACCCUUCACUUACUCAUCUGCCUGCAUUUCCACUUCUCCUCAGAUAUGUGCUAUUCAGUCUAAUUUAGAGUACCAGCCUGUAUUAGAACAAUAAAUCGUAUUAAAGUGUAUUUCCACUAGCAUUUUGAUGACAAAUGUGCUCAUGCACAAACAAAUGCUAAAUGUUGUAUUUACUUAAUGGUGGCUGCCAAAAAUUAAUAUCCAUUGCCACGCACCAGGGCCCAGUUGUUCGAAGACCGGAGUUUCCUUUUCUUUUGUUCAACAGCAUUUUCUCAGAUAAUUUUCUCUGUUAUUUUUAGAGCUUCCAACAGUCAACUUGUAGACAAAAAGAAUUAAAACUGAAAUGCGUUUUAAGCUUUCAAAUCUGAAUUCAAAUCUCGCACUUACCCUGGGUUAUCUUAACCCAGAUUUGAACAACUCGGCCCAGAACAAGAUAUAAAGCCCGUCAUCAUGAAUGACCACUAACUAUUGCUGCUUUUUAGGGACCUGGGACAGCACAGAUUGGAGAGGGAGGGGAUAAUUCUUGGAUUGUCAUCGAUGACGAUGAUGAUGAUGACAGCAUGGAAGAAAACGAUGACAUUGAAAUAACAGAAGUACAGAACAGCAAUAAUAAGGCUGUUAUUGAAAGUUCGAAACAGACAAAUGGAAGCAAAGGUAAGCAGAUAUUCACGGGGAAGUUUAUUAUUAUUAUUUUUUUAUGUCUUCUUCACGAUGGCUUGCUGUUAUGAGACUAUAGUUGAGAUACAACCUAGCUUCGGAAGGCUUAAAUCUGGGCGCCGCUAAAAGAUGCACCACAGGCGAGAUUGGAGUGGACGAUUCUUCAUAUAGCACCCCUAGGGAUAUCCUCUUUUAUUAAAAACUGAAUCAUUGGAGAAUGCAAUUUUAGAGCCCUGAUUAGCUUAGCCAUCAUAGUAUAUGAGCCGUUAUUAUACCAUGUUCUCCAAUAUAAUAUGGUAACUCUACGCGUCUGCUCAAACUUAAAAACAAGCUGAAAAUCGGUUGUUUUUACAAAUAAAGUUGGGACGAAUUCCCGAUAUUUUGUGGACAUUUUUAAUGAAAUAAUUAUUCCACUCGUGCUUGUUGGAUAUGAGAUGAUUAUAGCCAACUCGACGCUACGCGCGUCGUUGCCUAUCCUACCAUCUCAUAUCCAACGUGCACUCGUGGAAUAAUUGUUAAAUAUAUAGAGAAUACUUCAUGGAAAGUGCUGGCGUACGGUAUUUACGCACGAGUUGUUGACGUAUCAGAAAUUGAACGAGUGAGCGCAGCGAACGAGUAAGAUUUCUGAUACAAAAAUAACGAGUGCGUAAAUACCGUACAAAGCACUUUCCAUGUGGUAUUGUGUUUAUUAUAUACAUACUGAGACAUCAUCAUUUUGGCGGCUUUUUUAUUUUAAAUCUUUCAAAAAUGCUAAAAUUUGCCGCUACACACUUACCGCAAAAUGACAACGAAAACGAAGUAUCAGCUUUUUAGUAAAAACGUUCGUUAAAAACAUAAAUGACGGUGAGGAUAUGAGGUAAUCCAAGAACCAUAAGUAAUCUCAACUGUUUGUUCUCAAUGCACAAUUGAAAAUGAGUGAAUUUAAGUAAAAUGGCCAGUUUCAAUAUAAACUUAAGCUUAAAUGAAAGGCAAAGUAGCUCCGACAAAAAGCACAACAAAAGCUUACGUCUCGUUCUGUUUAUCCCUUUCCGCUGUUGUUUCACGAGCUCUCUACCGUUUUCUUUAUCGACAGUGAAACAAACGAAACUAUUCCCACUCCAUUUCCGAAAUGUUUAUCACUUUUUUAGCGAGAAAAACUCUUUGAGUAAAACUUUUCUCGUUGAAUGUGUGCGAAGCGGCGCUGCAAGCUGCAAUAAAAGGCGGCAAUUUUGGCGCGAAACCCACACACCUCUGUGCCUUCUNUAACUCUACGCGUCUGCUCAAACUUAAAAACAAGCUGAAAAUCGGUUGUUUUUACAAAUAAAGUUGGGACGAAUUCCCGAUAUUUUGUGGACAUUUUUAAUGAAAUAAUUAUUCCACUCGUGCUUGUUGGAUAUGAGAUGAUUAUAGCCAACUCGACGCUACGCGCGUCGUUGCCUAUCCUACCAUCUCAUAUCCAACGUGCACUCGUGGAAUAAUUGUUAAAUAUAUAGAGAAUAUCAGACACGUGGAUCUGUUCUGUUACAAAGAGCUGUUGAACGGAAGGUCUGGAUCGAUGGUGAAUACGGAUUCUGAGUGAGACCGGGGGGAGUGAAUCUCAAGCCGGCGCUUUGCGCCCAGGCUUGGCGCCAGCGAAAUAAGGUUCCCACCGUGUCUCGAGGCACAAGUGGGGAGAAUCGCGGGCGGAUCGAGACACCCACUCUCCUUUCGCGCCUGGAAAAACCGAUUUUGAUUUGAAAAAACCGCACUGACAACUUUUUCUUUGUAUACGACCUCUCCAUUUUUUAAUGGAUUGUUUCUUUGUUUUUAGUGGUGCAGUGCACUGUGGAAAGUGACAGUAGCGAAGAAGACGAAGUAGUGAUUUUAACAGCUGAAAAAAGCAGCGCCGGAUUUCAAACUAGGUAAGAAAGCUGUUGGCCGGAGUAUUUUACGACCAACAACCGUUCAGUGUUUUUAAGGAUGGACUCGAGUUCGCUCGAGUGAGUAAAUGAGCCACUCUAUCCGAACUUCACCUUUGAAACUGGUUGUAACUAGAAUGGAUUCUCCUAAAUUGGGUUGUCCCUAUCCCUAAGAAAGUAAGAAAAUUAAAUAAAAGGGAGAAGCGAAUAGUGGAUAUAUUUUGUAGGUAAAAUCCUUCUUCUAUUGAAACCAGUAUUGAACCAAGUUUGAUUCAGAAUUUAAGGAGACAAAGAAAAUUCUGGUUUAACCGGAGAACGGAUUAUACCAGCAGCAUAUACGCCUUGAAAACGCAUUCGCCUUAAAAUGUACAUGCUUUUCUCCUUCAUCGUUAUUCUGGAGCUAACUACCCAAACCAGUUAUUUCAAACCCAGCGUUGCUCAUUGCAUCAUUUGACUGCGUAACAGUUUUUAAAACAGCGCUUAUCCCCAGUCCCUGUUCAACUCUGUUCUGGCACAACUGGCGCUCUCAGUGUUCUCCGUAAAUUAGCACCCGAUUACAGUCAAACCCCGUGAAUACAGGCAUGGAGGGGGCCAUGGAAAGUGUCCGUAUUAAACGGGUUGAAUUUAGAGAAAAUGUAAGAGCUUUCUUUCCCCAGGGACAAGUAGAAUUGUCCGUAAUAACGAGGUGUCCAUAUUAACCGGGUGUCCCCAAGGCGGGGUAUCUCUGUGUGUGUUUUAAACCCCAAAGGGGUUUGCAAGCCAUCAAAAAGUUAACAUUCAACAAUAGUACAUGAUGGAUUGAUUCUGAUUCACUUAAUUAUCACAACUCCCAUGUAGAAUUUUUAAUUGAGUGAUUGAUAAACUGAUUGAUUCACUGAUUGUUUGAUUGAUUGAUCGAUCGAUCGAUUGAUUGAUUGAUUGAUUGAUUCAUUGAUUGACUGACUGAUGUGACUACUCUUUUAAGCUCUAAGCUUACAGAUUCCCAAGGCGCCAUGGAUCUCAGCGUUGCACUCAAGACCGGCAAAGAGUAUCAAGAAAGCAGUAACAAGAACGUUGACGGCAAAAAGAAGAACAGAAGAAAAAACAAGCCUAAAAAGAGAACUUCUUCGCACACUUCGUAGAAUUUAAAUAUUUUGUAAAUAAAUUUACCGUGACAAAAUUCUUAGACUUGUAAUUACACCAGUCUUUUAAUAAAGAAAAUUCCC